AUAAGCGAUUUUAUCAUUGACAUCACGAACGAUAGUCGAAAACGUAUACUGUGUAGAUCGGUUUGUAUGAAAAUGUCGAGUUUGUUUGACACCGAUGAAAAAUAAUAUAAUAUAUAGUCUACAAUGAACCCCAGCAUACCGAUUUAUCCUACGUUGACACCAAGUAUUGUAGAUCCUUUAUGGUUUAGUGUAGAUAAAGCCAAAAAUGAAGAUGUGGAACUUGUUCAAAUUGAAAGUGCACACCAAACAUGGCUCCUCUCGGUAGUAAAUAAAAUCAACGAUAAAGACAUACCAUUACCAAUAGGAAAAACAGCCACUGAAAUACAGGAAGAAGAAGAAGAAGAUGAUGAAGAAGAAGAAGUAAACGCCUCAGACGAUAGUGAGACUCAUGAUGAAGAAGAGGAUGAUGUAGAAAUGGUUGAUGGUAACAAUACAUAUGACCGCGAUUCCCCUCUUUCCGUUUCAACUAGAUAAAAUAUCAUUUUAUAUAACUAUCAUUAAUGUAUUAACUUUAAAAAAAAAAUGUCAGUAUAAUUAAUAAAUAUUAAUAAGUAUGUUAAUAGUAAAACAACAUACAUUUUAAAUUAAACUUAAUUUAAUAUAUGUGUGUACAAAGUAUAUAAUUUGAAUUUUUAAAUAACAUAAUGUUAAAAUAUUACACACAAACGUUACAUUGACAUAAAUUACUUAUUAUUUUAGUUACUGAAAAUAUAAUAAAUCUAAAUGGUGGUAAUAAAUAAUUAUAAUAAUCACUAGCA